CCCGUUUUUUCUCAAGAAAAUGACUUCUUUCGUCCCAAUAAUGAAAACAAAAAAGUGAAAAAAUGAUUAAUCAAAGAUCCAUCAUCAAAUCCAGACCUUUUUCACCAUUGCCAUCAUCAUCAUCAUCAUCUCAAAAUCUUGACGACAAAUCCGAUCAAAAAAUGCCCAAAAAACCAAUCUUGAAACCAUUCAUAGCCACUAUCCUAAUUCUCACAGCUUUAUGCACUUUCUUUUUCCAUACCCCUUUUCAAGCCCCCAUCAAAACCCAUCCUCAAUUCCCUCAAAAAACCAAGAUUUAUAUGUAUGAUCUCCCAAUAAAAUUCACAUAUGGGGUUAUUCAGAGUUACGAAUUGGCCCGAAAUGGCGGUGAUUUGGCAAAUGUAGUACUAAAUGAUGAUGAUUAUAUAAAAAACAGAAAGUAUCCUGGUAACCAGCAUGCUGCAGAGUGGCAUUUGUUUGUUAAUUUAAAUGACCCGGAAAGAACCGGGUCAAAUGUGAUCAGGGUUUAUGACCCAGAUGAUGCCCAGUUGUUUUAUGUGCCGUUUUUUUCGUCGUUGAGUUUGGUUGCGAACCCGAAAGGGGGGACAGAGUAUAGUGAUGAGGAAAUGCAGGAGGGUUUGAUUGAGUGGUUGGAACAACAGGUUUAUUGGAAGAGGAAUAAUGGGUGGGAUCAUGUGUUUAUUUGUCAGGAUCCGAAUGCGUUGUAUAAAGUUUUGGAUAGAGUGAAGAAUGGGGUGCUGAUUGUUUCGGAUUUCGGGAGGUUAAGGAAGGAUCAAGGGUCUUUGGUUAAAGAUGUCGUUGUGCCUUAUUCGCAUCGGAUUAAUGCUUAUAAGGGAGAUAUUGGUGUUGACAAUAGGAAGUGGUUGAUGUUCUUUAUGGGAAAUCGUUACCGGAAGGAGGGAGGAAAGAUUCGUGAUCUGCUGUUUCAGAUACUUGAGGAUGAAAAAGAUGUUUUUAUAAAACAUGGUUCUCAGUCAAGGGAGAGUAGGCGGAUGGCUACGCAAGGGAUGCAUACUUCAAAGUUCUGUUUACAUCCAGCUGGUGAUACACCAUCAGCUUGUCGCCUUUUUGAUGCCAUUGUCAGCUUGUGUGUUCCUGUUAUUAUCAGUGAUUUUAUCGAGUUGCCUUUUGAAGAUGUCAUAGACUACAGGAAAAUUGCUGUUUUUGUUGACACUGAUUCAGCUGUAAAGCCAGGAUACUUGACGAAACUGCUAAGGGGAGUAAAGAAGGACCAGAUAUUGGAAUUUCAAACAGAGCUGAAAAAGGUGCAACACUACUUUGAAUAUGAUGAUCCAAAUGGGACUGUGAAUGAGAUUUGGCGUCAAGUUUCUUUAAAGGUUCCUCUUAUUAAUCUAAUGAUCAAUCGUGACAAGAGGAUUGUCAAGAGGCAUCUGAUUGAACCGGACUGUUCUUGCAUUUGCUCAAACAAAACAGGCAUCAACACAUCAUUAUUAAGAUAAUUUACUAUUUACACACACGAUUUACAAGGUAGAAUUUAUGUUGCUGGGCUCAUUUUCAUUAGAAACCACAUCUAUCAACAAGGUAUGUUUCGUUCUUGAAAUGGCGAGGCUAUAAAUCUUCACUUCGGCUGUCUAAAUUAGUGAUUAAUUCUAGGAAAAUAUGAGUUUUAGUAGUUUCUCCGUUAAUCCAUUUGGUAUAGAUGAGAAAAGAAUGCUAGUUAUAGGUUUUUAAGUUUUUGUUGUACUAUUUAGUUCACUCCCUGAAAGAGGAUUUAGACAUUCAGAAGUGGAGUGGGGACGCGGUAAAUUUUUAAAAAGAUACAUUAUAUAUUUAUUUCUCGCCAAA